AUGUCAACCGAGAUGAAGGUCUCGUUGAGCAUCAAGGAGUACGUGUUGGUGUCCAUGACACUGAUCCUGGUGCCCAUCAUGUUGCUGGAAAUGUUUGAGGUAUUGCAAGAGCGAAGCAUGAACCAAGCCUUACAUGACGGCACCCCGGGCAUGCCACAGUUUGCAGACUUGCUUAUUGGAGGUGGUGUAUCGCUGUUAUUAAUUGGUGCGCGAUUUGCAGCUGGAAAGGCUUUUGUUCCUCUAGCGCGUAUUGUGCUAUCGCCCAAAAAACGUCUGGUUGUAAAUCGCGUUCACCGCUUCUCUGCGGUUCUUUUUAAACUUAUAUAUUUUGUUGUUAUCUCUAUCGUGGGCUUCAAAGUGAUGCAGCACGAACCGUGGUUUCCUGCAACAUUAGGAGGUGAUGGAGAUGUGGCGGUGACUUUUCAUAUCCAGUCUGAGGCGCCAAGUAGUGCGCUUAAAUAUUACUUUAUGGUUCAACUUGGAUACCAUUUGCACAGCUUGUUGUUUAUGGUCUGUUUCUCGCCAAUUCGCAAUGAUUUCAUCGAGAUGCUGCUGCAUCAUUUGGCUACGAUUCUAUUGAUCAGUGGAUCCUAUGUGACGAACUAUACGGCUUUUGGUGCUUUGGUAGUAUACACGCACGAUUUAGGCGAUAUUACUGGAUAUGGUAUCAAGUCAAUUGUGGAUACGGGUAGAACAUCUCUUGUUGUGGCGAUGUACAUGGUGCUACUGAUUUCAUGGGCAUACACGCGGCUAUACGUGUUUCCGUGCCAUCUCAUCUACACUUUAAAAAUGGAGCUCUUACAUCCAUCUGGGAAAGAAUCUUUUGCUUAUCCGAUGUUUGCCAUGCUUUGCAUGCUUUUAGUGCUGCAUGUAUACUGGUAUUUUUUAUUUCUAGUAAUGGGAUAUGCACUGGUCAAGGAGGGCGUGGCUGAGGACAUUCAGCAAAAAGUUGAGGACUCGAGUGAAGACCGAAUGGAGAACAAAGGCGACUGA